AUAAUAACAACAUUUUUUUUGGCCAAAUAAUAAUAAAAAAAACAUGAAACGUCAAAAAGUUAACAAAUGUGUCCAAUAGGGCGAGAAUCAGAGCUGCGCCCACCAAAAUCAUUGGCCCCUCUCUUCACCGGACGUGGUUGUUUGGGGGCCUUGUGGUUUGCAUUAUUGUCUGCAGUUGUAUUUUAUUUAGAUAUAAUAUGUGUCCAAUAGGCCCAAACUACAAAGCCCACCCAAUUUCCGCAAAAACCUAAUCUUUAUAAACUCGUCUCGUCUCUAGCAAUUUCCCCAUCCCAAACCCGCACCCUACAAGAUGCAGAUAUUCGUGAAAACCCUAACGGGUAAGACCAUCACGUUGGAGGUUGAAUCCUCCGACACGAUCGACAAUGUCAAGGCCAAGAUCCAGGACAAGGAGGGCAUCCCGCCGGACCAGCAGCGCCUGAUCUUCGCCGGAAAGCAGCUCGAGGACGGCCGCACCCUCGCCGACUACAACAUCCAGAAGGAAUCCACUCUCCACCUGGUCCUCCGCCUCCGUGGAGGCGCGAAGAAGCGCAAGAAGAAGACCUACACCAAACCGAAGAAGAUCAAGCAUAAGAAGAAGAAGGUCAAGCUCGCCGUGCUCCAGUUCUACAAGGUGGAUGACUCUGGGAAGGUUCAGAGGCUCAGGAAGGAGUGCCCCAACGCCGAGUGCGGCGCCGGAACUUUCAUGGCAAACCACUUCGACAGGCACUACUGCGGUAAGUGCGGGCUCACCUAUGUCUACAACAAGACUGCCGGUGAUUGAUGCUUUUGAAUCGUCGUUUCUGAACUCUCUUUUUAUGUUAUAAUUUUGAUCAGUUUAAAUUUAGGUAUUAUGGAUUUUGGCUCUGUUAUGAUACUGCAAUUUUUAAUUUAUAUAGAUUUAGUUCUGCUA